CGUCGCAGUGUACAGCACGAGGAGGACACAAGGCAGCCGAGAGUGAGAGGCCCCGAGAAGACCACGGCCGUCCUCACUGUGUGCGGCGACCUUCCACAUUGACACUUGUAACAGCUCAGCAGCAUGGGGCCUCAGAGAGGAGCCGCACCCUGACAACUUUCCCUCUGCCUGCGGCUGGGCCCACAGUGUGGAUGGCGGCCAAGGCCUGCGGAGCAGUCACCGCAGAUCCCAGCUCUGGGGCUGGGGGGCUCCCCCCAUACCAGGUUCUCGGUCUGGCCCAGCCAGGGCAGACAGGCCCCUCCCAGGACCCUCAGCCCAGCAGCGGGGACCUCAACGGGCUCCAGAGGAGCAGCUGGAGGCCCAGGAGCAGCCUCCUCCAGGGGCUGGGGGCCCUGCACCUCUCCCUCGGCAUGCUGACCCUUGUCCUGGGGAGCGUCCUGGCCGCCACCGUCGGUGAGGUGCACCUGGUGGUGCAGAGGUGCUGGUACCCGUUCUGGGGGGCCGCAUCCUUCCUCGCCUCCGGGGCCUCAGCGCUGAUGAUAAACAGGCUGCCCAGGUCCUCUCCGAAGACGCUGUGCCUGGUGGCAAACCUCAUCAGCUUCCUCUUCGCGCUGGCUGGCCUCUUCGUCCUCUCCAAGGACCUCUUCCUGGAGACCCCCUAUCCCUGGCCAUUCUGGACACCGUACCCCAGCCCCACGGCCUACCUCCAGCGGCUGGAGCUGGUGCUGCUCUAUGCCACCUCUCUGGAGCUGCUCCUGCCCGGGCCCACAGCCCUGGCGGCCCACAGAUGGCACCGGCAGUCAGCAGCGGACGGGGGUGGCGCCCCCCCGGCUCCCAGUGCACCGCUGGAACUCACACACCCAUCGCCCGGGCCUCUGCCGUCCUACGAGGAGGUGAUGCGCGCUGACCCCUAGGAUCAGCAGAGCAGCCACGAGGCCUCCUGCCCGGCCUCCAGGAGCGCCCACGGUCCCUCACCCUGGCACGGAGGAGCCCGCCCACUCCCGAGGGAAACCUCCCGCCCCCGUGGCCGAGGCAGGUGGCCUUCCCUGCAGGGCCCCUCCCCACCCUCAGCCUCCACCUGUGUGACACAGGGUCCGAGGCCCUCCGAAUCCUCCUGCCUGCAUUUUCCCCUCCCCCUGGCCACUUCUACUGUUCCGGCUGCCGUGGCCGCUGGGCUGGCUCGUCUCCACCUCUGAUCGGCCGCUGAGCCUCCGCGGCUUCGGAAUACGACGCAAAGCGGAACUCCGCAGGCCUGACGGGUGGCAGCGCCAGGCCAGCGUCCAAGAUAAACACCGCUUCCAACAGACAAGAGGGCGCAAGGGGCUCACAGCGGGCGUCUGCAAACCUGUGCCAAGGCCGGCUCAGCCAGCAGCUGCCCGUGUGCUUGGACUCAGCUUCUUCCUGCCUGGGCCCCGGGGGUCCUCACAUAAAACCGGACACUGGGCUCCAGUGCAGACGCUGACGCUCCAACACGUGAACAGGGCCCCCCGGGACAGCACCCCCAUGGGAAGGACGUGGUCUCCGCUGGUGGCCCAGGAAGGCCACGUAGGAUAAGCUGAACCUCAGACCAUGGCGGCCACAGCUGCCCUGGGCGGCUGGUCACACCUGCCGAGUGUUCCCCGGCACUCCACGGGACAGUGGACCGCUUUCUGCUUGUAAUGAAACAGCAUGCGUCGUUAUCAAACGGGGGAAUGUAAAAACGAUCUUUCUGGAAUACAUGAACAUGCCCUGCAGGAAAGUUCCAAAUUUAUUAAAACUAACUGUGCAGCACCACACGGAAA